UUUCUGGUUUGUUAUUAGAAGUGCACUACUCACGGUACCUAACCAAUACGGACAAUACCGGAAACUUUUGAACGAUUCCGUAUAAUACGCGAAACGGCACCGGAUCAUAUCAGAACAUAAACAAGGCGAAAUGAUGGAUGUGCCUAAUAUUGUGAGCGAAAACAAGUGCUGAUAAGACGGUCCGGAACGACAAGUUAAUUUGAUGGAUACAGUUUUAAACGGCGACAAUAUAAACGCAAGUCAUAAAAUUUGCCGUGCAUACGAAAGUGUUUGGAAAAUGAAUGUUAGUGCUUGUCGUGUUCAGUAUAUGGUACUUUGUUAUUGCUGGUGUGCUGCGCGAUAAACAAAAAGUUGAGCUGGUUAUAAAUCAUGCAGAUCUUUGGAAACAUUAUUUGGAUUUGAAACAAAAUAUUCACACAGGUUUUCAUCAUGUUGACAACUACAAUUCAUCAUUUGUCUAUAGUGCUUUUAUGGACACAAGAGGAAACAGAAUCCGAAUUAUUGGCAUUGCAGAUGUCGGUAUGACUGACUCGCCAAUAGGCUGCAUCUUGUGGUACCCAGAUCGGUUUGUUAUACAGGCAGUUAGAGGAUUCGUCGCCAAUAUAAAUGAAGGACAUGAUAAACAGUAUUCUGCAGUAUAUUUCGUAUGUAACCUGGAUAUGGAAAACCUGGAGCAGCCAACUUUAGUUUCCGUGGUACCCGUUAUCAAGAAUGCCAUUUACGAAACUCCACGAAAUUUGCUGAAGGUUGAAAAAUCGUCGCUUUCAAAGAGAGUAACAUUAACCGCAUGUGUUCCACCAAUUCAUAGCUUUUAUUCCGAUCAUGAACAGGUUGUGGAAUGGGUUGAACUGAACAAAGUUAUGGGUGUCCAAUAUUUCAACUUCUAUGUCAAUAAUAUAUCCACGCCCGUGGAACAACGGCUCAAGCAUUACGUUCACGAACGUUUAGCAAGAGUUCUUUAUUGGAAAUUACCUAUUAGUCAAAAUGAAAUACACUAUUUUGGGCAACUAGCUGCAAUUAACGAUUGUUUGUAUAGGAGUAAGCUAGAAAGUGAUUGGACUCAGUUUGUUGACCUUGAUGAAUUCGUGGUGUACCAAAGAGACACCCCUCUAUUACUCCCGCAACUAUUGGAUGAACUGUCAAUACACAAUGCAAGUGUAUAUGCGUUUCGUCAUGCUCAUUUUAAAAUACGAUCAACUAAUCCGGACUGGAUGGAAAUACAAUUAGCUAUGAAUAUUACCGUCAAAUCUAAAGCUUUCGCGACAAAAUUAAUGAAUCAAUACAUAAACCCGGUGUUCGACCGCUCAAAAUGCAUAGUUCGACCGAAAGACAUCGUGACUAUGGGCAUUCAUGAGGCGUGGGCCAUGAAAAACAUAGCCAAAGUAUAUGCCGUGGACAAAAGUAUAGCACUGUUGCACCAUUACAGAACAACUAUAAGUGAUUUCAGUGAAAUACUUGUUGUUAACAAUGCAAUUUUAAAAUACGGACCGUAACUUAAACAACUAGAAUGGAUAGCUAGAUAAAACUAUUAGUAACUAGUAGUAGUAGUAGUAGUAGUAGUAGUAGUAGUCGUCGAAGUAGUCGUCGUCGUCCGUCGGUUGUCGUCCGGUCGUCAGUAGGUCAUCUUUCGGUCGUCCAUCGUCCGUCCUCCGGUCGUGGUCCGUCGGUCGUCCAUCUGGCGUCGUCCGUCCUCCGGUCGUCCGUCCUCCGGUCGUCCAUCCGGCGUCGUCCGUCGGUCGUCCCUCGUCCAAACAUCGGUCGUCCGUUAGUCGUCCCUCGGUCGUCGUCCAUCGGUCGGUCGUCCGUUGGUAGUCCGUCGUCGUCGUCAAAGAGGUAGUCGUAGUAGUUGUAGUAGUAGUAGUAAAAGUAGUAUCAGUAGUAGUAGUAGUAGUAGUAGUAGUAGUAGUAGUAGAAGUAGUAGUAGUAGUAGUAGUAGUAGUAGUAGUAGUAGUAGUAGUAGUAGUAGUAGUAGUAGAAGUAGUAGUAGUAGUUGUCGUAGUAGUAGUAGUAGUAACAGCAGCAACAACAACAACAGCAGCCGUAUUAGUAGCAGGAAUAGUAGUACUUAUAGUAGUAUGUUAUGUUAUAUCAGAGCCUGGCCUGCUUUGACCAGCUAUAUAGAUGCGUACAGAAUAUUUACACAUGUUACGCAAAAUUUGAUUGGCUGACUAACUCGGGAUCUCGAAAAUUCUUUCCUCUUUUGUUUAAUGCACUCUGCCUUUAUUUACUGCACCGCUCUUUUUUUAAUUGCACCCCGCUUUUAUUUAGUUUUGCACUCCUCUGUGUUCUAUCUCGUGGCCACAACAUAGCUAACUCGUGGCCACGAGAUCGAAAAAUGAGGAGAGCUAUUUAAAAAAAAAAGAAGUGAAUGCCCCUCUAUGCCACCGUAAGUUCUUUUCAAUCAUAGCGUUAUUUGAUCGAAGCUGCUAUCAGUGUAAUGACAAACUACCGACAAACGUCAGCUCGUAACUUUAAAUGAGAUUUUGUAGUUGUGUCAACGUGUGUGUUAUGCAGAAUAC